AUGGCUUUCAACCCAGCACUUAUCGUUGUCGAUCUCCAGGAGGACUUCCUGCCUCCUUCUGGCUCACUGGCUGUGACGGAUGGCAGGGACAUCAUUCCCGCAAUUCUGGAACUCACGGAUCUGGAAAAAUACAACUGGAAGACCAUAAUUGCCACUAAAGACUGGCAUCCGCAGGACCAUUGCUCUUUCGCCUCAAACAACAACGUCGCCCCAUACUCGAAGGUAUGGUUUUCCCACCCACUGGGCGAAAAGGACCCCAUCACCCACGAAGUGAAAAAAAGACUGGAAACAGUCUGGCCCGAUCAUUGUGUUCAAGACUCCAGAGGAUCCGAGUUUCCAGCUGAAUUCCAGGCCCAAUGGGAUAUUCUUGAGCAAUCUGCGACCUCAACCCAUCUGGUCAAGAAGGGCUAUCUCAAGGACCGCGAGUAUUAUUCGGCCUUCGAAGACGUCUGGAAACUACACCACACAGAACUGGAGGAUAUACUGGUUUCUGAGAAAAUUACACAUGUGUUCACGGUGGGAUUGGCGUGCGACUUUUGCGUUGUGAACACUUCGAUUGAUUCUGCCUCUCUGGGGUUCCCAACGUUUUCAAUCAAGGAGUGCAGUAGGUCCGUGUAUCCGGAUAAGCAGAAGGAGACGGACGAGCUUUAUGAGGAAAAUAAUGUGAAGUUGAUAUCACUGAAUAGUGAUAUCUUGAAAAAGGUAGAAAAACAUUGA